AUGGCGUCAAAUACGAACACUUUAUAUGUUACGUUUGCAGACAUCUAUCACAAUCUCCUAAAAAUUUGGGGUCAAAAAAACAGGAUUGGAGCAAGUUAUAUUGAGAGACAAUUAAUUCAUAUAACUCCUGAAUUAAAUAGAACGCCUUGUUUACACAUGUCUCAAAUAAGAGCGGGCAUGCUCUGCUAUGUAAAGUGUUCUGAAAACAGUUAUUAUCGUGCUCGUGUCAUUUCUUAUUUAGAUAAUGAUUUAGUUCAUGUUGUAUUUGUGGAUGUAGGCAACAGAGAUGUUAUCCAUAUUUCAAACAUUAAAAUUCGAUCUGGAAACGAAGACGUUUUAUUGAAAAUGGCAGAACAAGCUGAUGAAUAUUGUUUGGCUGGUGUUGUUGCUCCUGCAGGUGGCUGGCCAAAAGAAGAUAUCAAUAAAAUUCGACUUUUCGUUUGCAAUAAAGAAGUAAUUUAUAACGAAAUAAGAGAGAUCGAAGGUUUAAAACUAAUAGCUAUUAAAUAUGAAAACCAAAGUUUUUCUAAUUUUUUAAUUGAAAAAAAAAUUGCCCACUAUGCUUCAGUAGAUAUACAGUCACAAUUAAUUUUAACCUACUUUAGAAGUGAUAACAUAUCAAAUCCAGGUAAAACAUUAGAAGAAGCUAAAAUGAAUGUUUUAACUGGUUUACAGUUUUCAGAUAAACAGACAGGUUUGAAAAUUUCUUCUUCUUCAAAAGUUAACAGAAGAGAAUUUAAAACACAGUGUGCUACUUCUCCCACUUCUAAUGUUCCAAUCAAUUUAGAAAAUUCUCCAAUGAAAUUUUUUAGUACUAAAAGAGUAGUCUCUCCUAUAUAUAAAACUUUGCAGCCUAAUUCUGAUAAAUCUGUUUUAAAUAAUUCCUUUCACAACAAUACUAAUCAAAUGUCUGCUACAAAUGAUAAUCCAAUGACCAGGCAAAACCCUCAUUUAUUGUCAAAUCCUUCCUCCCUCAAUUCAAAAGAAAGACAUGAACAAAUAAUGAAUUCAUAUCAAAAUGGAAUGAUAAGGAAUUUAUCGUACUUACAGUUUAAGCAAAAUAACUUUGAAGAAAAUGUUAAUUACUUACCUCAUGACAAUAUUCCCCACAAUUAUUUUAAUUCUGUAUUAGAAGUUGGAAGCACUCACAAGGUAUGCAUAUCUUGCAUAGAUGAUGGACCUUGGUCAUUUUCUAUACAGUUAAUAUCUAAUGAAAAUGAUAUGAACAAAUUAAUGGAAGAAUUGACACAGUCUGAAUUAUUGCCAAUUAAGCUUCCCAUGGUUCUCGGGAAUCCUUGCAUUGGUGCUAGUGUUCUUCAUAAAAGUUUAUGCAGGGGAGUUGUUGUGAGCUUAUCUCUCAGUGCAGCUAAAGUUUAUUUUGUUGAUUUUGGGAGUACAGAAGAUUUGCCAGUAUCUUCCAUUUAUGAAAUCCCUCCAAGGUUUUUUCAAACAAAGGUUUUGUCUCAAAAGUUUUGUUUAAGUGGAUUGCAAAAAGUAACUUAUUCAGAAGAAAUAAAAGAACAUUUUAAUGAUGUUGUUCAAGAUAAACUUCUUAUACUUCGAGUUACAUCUUUAGGAGAGGAAAACCUUCCAUCCUGUGAUUUGUAUCUAAAAGAUGUUAACAUAAAGCGAAUUUUAAAUGAAAGAGUACAGAAUUCCAGAAUGUUGAAUAAUUUUAAUCCUAAAAUUGGAGAUUCGGAAAAUGUUGUGAUAACCUGGAUAGAUAGUGUACAGAAAUUUUACGUUCAAUUACAAAGAAGAGAGCCUCAAUUAAAUGCUCUUAAAAAUGAAUUAUCUGAAGCUGGUUUAAAUGGAGAAAAAAUGUUAUUCGAAGACCUUAGAGUUGGUCUUAGAUGUAUUUGCAAAUAUCAUAUCGAUGGACAAUGGUAUAGGGCAAUAAUAAUGUCUUUUUUGUCAGAAAGUAAAAUAACUGUGUUUUAUUUUGAUUAUGGUAAUACGGAAGAAGUUAAUAUAACCUACUUGAAAAAAAUUAAAACUUCGAGUUUGAUUCAUGAUUUGGAAAAUCAAGCCAUACAAUGUUGCCUACAUGGAUUGGAUUCGAAAUUCAAUGAACAGGCCCUAUCUAAUGCGUUUGAAUGCUUAGUUAUGGAAAAAGAUUUAAAGAUGAACAUAGAUUUAAUUGAAAAUGGUCAAUUACAUGUUAAAUUAUUUUUAAACGAAGAAGAUAUUGUUCCUUUAUUAAUAAACUCCCAUGGUCAAUCUUCGCAAGAACCAAAUAAAAAAUCUUCAACAAUUGAUGGUGGUUGGAGAGAAAGAAAUUACACAACUCAUAAUCAAAGUUUUUCUUCUUUUAAUAAAAAAGGUUCAACAGAAUUCAAUAAGAAAUUUGAUAAAAAUAAUGAAAGCAAUGCCUUUGGUGGAAAAAACAGGACGAGAGAUGAAGAAAAUUGGCGUGAGAGAAAGUCAAAUUUACCAAAUAAUGAAAAUAAUAUAAAAAUAGAUAAGUUAAACAAAGGAUUAAAAAAAAAUGAUAUGAAGCAUACGUCAGACAAUGAAAAUGCUUCUGCGGGAAUCGUUAAUAAAAACGAUAAGAAACCUUACUCCAAUCCGGAAAAGUCAAACGUACCUUUCAAUAAAAAAUUAACGCCGGAAAAACAAAGUUCGCUUGGAAAAAAGGAGGGUAACGAACCGAAAAAGUCAAUCGAUAAAAAAACAGAAACCAAAACUCGUUCUACCGAAAGGAAAUUUCGUUCGAAUUUCGAAAGAGAUAAAUUUGGAAAGGAAAAUCGAAACGAUUUUAAAAGCGAUAUAAAAACUUCUCCAUCGGAAAAAAGUAACAACGGCAACAGCAGCAGCAGCAGCAGCAGUAUCAAAGAGUCGACGAAGAAAGAAAGUUUUCCACGCUUUGAUGCUAAAUUCAAAGAUAAUUUUGUGAAAAACAACACUUGUGAAAAAGGAAUAAUCACAUAUUAUAUUAGCCCGGAUGAAUUUUACAUACAGUUGCUGAACAAAGAAGCGGACUUUAAGAAAAUGAUGGAAGACAUUCAAGUUUAUUACUGUAAUAAAAAUCCUUUUAAAUACCCUCUCAAGGCAGAUAAUGUAGUGAUUGCUCAAUUUUUAUACGAUAAUAUUUUAUAUCGGGGAGAAGUUGUUAAAUCGAAUCCUUUGACUGUUCGUUACGUCGACUAUGGUAAUCAGGAAGAAGUUGAACCGAGCAGAACUUGGCCGGUGGCUAAUCAAUUUUUUAGUCUUCCAAAACAAGCAUUUAAGUGUAGAUUGGCAAAUGUCGUACCGAACGAAUGGCCGUCACUAGGUUCAGACUUGGAUAAAUUUUUCGAGUCGGAAGAAUACAAAUGUAAGUUUGUGAGUUGCAAAAAUGACGUAUACGAAGUAACAUUGGAAGAUUUAAGCAGUGGAAAAGAUGUGGGUUCUCAAAUCAUUGCUUCCGGUUUUGAAAUUUCACCGACGGAUUUUUCACUUUUGCCGAAACAAACAUUAAAAUUAUUUGUGACUCACGUUCAAAACCCGUUUAAAUUUUACGUUUUGCUUAAUCCUUCGUGUAAAAAAAUAAUCGAAGAAGAAAUCAAUUUGUGGGCGUCGAAUAAAAAGUCUUUACAGCCGGUCGAAAAUAUAAUGUCGGAAAACAAAUAUUUGGUGACAAAUGAUGAUAAAUCAUGGCGCCGAGGGGUCGUGACUGAUGUUGGAGAUACCGUGACGGUGGUUCGUCUUAUGGAUACUGGGGAAGUUGUUAAUAUACAAAAAAAUAAGGUAUUUUCACUACCUGAUCAUCUCAAAUCUUUUUCUCCGCAAGCGGUUGAAUGUUCUUUAAAUGAAAAAUCGAUAAAGUCUCACGAUUUGGGUUCCGAUUUUAAAUCCAAAAUUGAAAAUAAGUUUAAUUUGGUUCAUAUUGUUUCCGUAGCAGACGAAAGGUUAUCGGUAGAACUUUACGAUGAAAAUGGUAAAAAAUUUGAUUUUCAUAACGAAAAUUGUCAAAUGGAAAAUGUCGACCCCAUAGGUCAAGUUCCAAUCAUUGCUCAAAACGUUUCGAUUAAAGUACCGCAUUUUGAAAAUGUCGAACAAGUUUAUAUUUCGCGCGAAAAAGAUUUACCGGAACUUGAAAAUUUAAUUUCCAAACUGACUGAAUUUUACAAAAAUUUUCCGACUCCGGAAUUUAGCGGGGGAAACGAAGGCGAUCUCGUUGCUUUUAAACUCAACGAUGAGGAAGAAGGGUCUUGGUAUCGGGGUAAAGCGAUGAGUUUUUCGAACGAUAUGGUCGAAGUAUUUAAUAUAGAUUUUGGAAAAAAAGAAUUUAUAUCACGUAAAAAUGUGAGAAAAUUAGACGCCUCGUUUUUUUCUUUACACUCGUGUGCUAAAAAGGUACGAUUGAAUGUUGAAAAUUUAAAAGGAAUCGAAACCAAGUUGAAAAACCUGAUUCAAAAUAAUUUUUUGAUUGGGUUUUUUAUUAACGAAGAUGGAGUCUUGGUGUCCGACCUUGUUUUAAAUGGGAAAACCGUGAAUUGUCAUCUAAAUUUGAAAAAUUCUUACUGUGAUAAAUUUGAUAGUAUUUUAGCUAAACAUAAAGUGAAUGCAAUGACCUCCGACUGUGAUUUAACAAAAAAUGAUUGUUCUAAAGACACUUUGAAAGAUUUAAAAGUUUUGGUCGUUCACAUUGACAGCCCGAAAAAAUUUUGGGUCCACAAAGAAAGUUCUCUGAACGACUUGGAAGAAUUUCAAGAAAAACUUCAGGUAUAUUGCGAAUCGACUCCGGAUAAGGAAAAUCCUCAAGUUCAAAACGUGGUCGGAGCCAUGUUUAGUAACGUUUGGUACCGUGCUGUUGUUUUGAGCGUGAAAGAAAAAAAUUUGACGGUUGAAUUUAUCGAUUACGGAAACAUAUUAGAAAUCGAUUUGAAUUCAAACAGUAUUAAGGAUCUACCGAAAGACUUGAUCGAUGUACCUAUAUUUGCCACGCAGUUUUCGUUAAAGGGUAAUUGGAAAAAAAAUGCAACUGCGAAAUUUGAAGAAAUAAUCGAAGAAUACGAAGAUCUCGUUAGUGUAGUUAUCUUAGAGGAAUCGAAUCCGGUUGUUGUUGAUUUGUACAAAGGCGGUGAAAGUAUUUAUGAUAUUUUAAUGAGAGAAGGAGUAGGCGAUGGAGACCAUGGGACAAAAAUUGAUGAACCAACCAAUUUUGGCUUUAAAACGAACGAUAAGAGUGAAAUUUCAAUCUUUGAAGAUGAUAAGGAUAAAAGGAAAGAGUCAAAUUUGGUAACUGUAUACAUUUCUCAUUGUAAUUCCCCCGAUGACUUUUACAUUCAAAAGGAAAGUUCAACCGAAGUAUUACACGCUAUAUCAAAUGCAUUAUCGGAAGCUCAUAAUUUUGAAGAUGCAGCGACAAAAGAAGACAAUAAAUUAUACGCUGCGAAAUUUCCCAACGAUGGCAUGUGGUACAGAGCGAAAUUAUUGAGGAAAGUGGAAGAGGGAGCAGAAGUCUUUUUCGUGGAUUUCGGUAAUGUUUCGAUUGUUAACGAAAUAAAAUAUUUACCCGUCGAUUUGAUCAAAAUUCCAUAUUUAUCUCAAAAUCUGUGUCUCGUUUAUGGAAAUAAUUGCGAUUCUUGGUCUCGAAAAGCUUGCGAAAGGUUUUUAGAAUACAACGAUGAGAGACCGUUGAAAAUGAAGACGAUGGUCGAAAGAAGAGACAAAUCCAUCGUCGAACUUUAUUUCGAAGGGAAAAGCAUAAGCGAAGAAUUGGAAAAUUAUUGUGAAAACGAUGGGAGAUCAAAUGUUUACGUUUGUCACGUCGAUUCUCCCUCAUGUUUUUACGUUCGUCACGUCGAAGAUGAAAAAUUUGAUUUUAUUAUAAAAAAAUUAUCGGAAAAUGAAAAAGAUUGUGAAAAUUUAUUAUUAUCCGAACAAAAUCCUGGAACCCUGUGUUUAGUCGCCGAUAACGAAGAAGAAGAAGAAGGAAAUGUUUGGCAUCGGGGUAAAAUAUUGAGAAUCUCAGACGAUGGUUGUGAAGUUUUCCUAAUUGAUUACGGAAAAGUUUUGAUCUCGAGGAAAAAUUUGAAAAAAUUAUUAUCAGAUGAGGUAUCGGGAAUUCCUCCCAGAGCAAUCAAAUGCAGUUUAAAUCUUCCGGAAAUGGAAAACAUACCUGAAAUCGUCAAAGAUGAAUUUAUUAAAUUAAUACCGGAUGGGGAAACGAUUUUCCGAAUGCGUGUAAUUUCUCCCGGAGAAGUCAAUGUCGUAAGCUUAAAAUUAAAGGGUAGAAUAUUAGAACAAACUUUAAAUUCGGAUUACAUACCGGAAACGGUUAACGAUAAAACGUCUGACAAAUUUUCCAAUCGCGAUUCGAACGAUUCGAAGGAUAGAACGGACGAUGAUAAAAAUUCAAAAAAUUUUUUCAACGUAACGAAUAAUUUGGAAGAUGAUGUCCGUGCGGCGGGUAGCAGUUCUCUCUCGAACGAAACAGACGAAGAAAAAAGAUUUAAAAUUGCUGAAGGUUUCAAGAGUGACGAUGAUAAAGAAAUUGCGGAAAUUGCGUCGUCGUCGUCGUUAAACGUCACGGAUAAUGAUUUAAUAAUGGACGAGACGACUGUCGAAACUCCGGAAAUGAAUGGUUCGAUUCCGAGCGAUGAGACGAAGAACGUGGAAGAAGAAUUUUCAGGUUUGGGUAAUUUGGAAAAUUCCAACGAAAUGACGGGAAGGAACAAUCACGAUAACGACGAUCAUGCUAACGAUACUCAAUCUGCGAAUCCAAUGAAAAAAAACGAUUCAUCUUCUAAAGAGUAA